AUGGACUUUCUAAGCAAUCUGAACGUUUUCAAACGGCGCCGCAAUACGUCGUCGACCGACUCGUCGUCGGCCGUGUCGUCGCCGGCGUCACCACCCACCGCUACCCAGUCGUCGUCGAGUUCGAAUGUCGUCACAGGACCCCAGGACGCAUCCACGCCCCGGCAGCGCCCGAAGCGCAAGAGUAGUAAACGCAAACGCAUGAUUUCCGUUGUCCCCAUCAGCGAGGUGACGGAGGCAUCGCUGGAACUAUGGCGCACCCUGCCGUCCAAGAUUCGCCACGACCCGAGCAUGGUGUCCUUCCAGCAGGUUGAACUGGAGCACGCCCGGCUACACGGUGGCAGUAAUGAAGACUCGUUCCCGGAAAUGCAGGGAACGGAAGAUGGUGCGGGCGGCGACAACGACGACGGUGACGAAGACGACGACGAGGAGGGGGACGAAGAGGGCGACGAAGAGUACGAGAAUGAGUUCAUCACGAUCAACGUCACGAACGAGGAGGGCCAAAACAAGGAAAUUGGGCACGUGAAGGAAAAGAAAGAAAUUCCGAAACCCCACGUGCACCAUCUGGCCGGUCAUUACAUCGGCAACAUUACGCCCCCGAAGCACGACGACAUCAACGACACCGGACAGAACGGGCAUCUGGACGAGGAUCACCCGUUUCGGAAGUACUCGAAAAUUAUCUGCCUCUUCAUCACGUGGCUGCUGAUUAUGGCGUUCCUGGUGGUGAAGGACGAGAAGUUGAUCGAACAGAAGCAUCUGUCGGUUUCGCCGGGCAAAACGAGGGCCUACAUCCUGCCGCAUCUGCCGCAAAGUUCGCGCGUCAAGGUGACGCUCGAGGGCACGUUCCUGAACGAACCGUAUAGCAACAUCACAGAGUACUACUUGACGGCCUACCUGCAGAUGUUGACGUCGACACUCGAGGCGAAUCUGAGUGAACCGUACGCAUCGAGUUCGGCAAAGAACAUCAGUGAACCGUGGAACAUCCCGAUCGUGCAUCCGUAUCUGUUCGACAGUGCCCCGAUAGUGAAGGAGCAACGACUGCUGGAUAUCGCCGACAGUAACUACGACGCGCUGCACCAGGCCCACGGUGGUGGGCUGGUGAGGUUGAUGAUCCGAAGCAACAUCCAGGCCAGUAUGCCGGUGGCGGUCAACUACGACCAGUCGCCGGUCAAUCGGGACGUGGGCGUAAUCUACGCCGCGUUCGUGCUGAUCUUUCUGUACGUGCUCAUCAUCUGGGAGAUCGUGCACCGCACGUUUGCGGCCGUGAUUGCGUCGACCCUAGCCAUCUCCAUUCUGGCAGCGCUCAACGAUCGGCCCACGAUGGAAGACAUUGUCGGGUGGAUUGACGUCGAGACGAUCUUGCUGCUGUUCUCGAUGAUGAUACUGGUGGCGAUCCUGGCCGAGACCGGAAUCUUCGACUACAUUUCGGUGUACAUCUACAAGAUUACCAACGGCAAGAUCUGGAGCCUGAUACACUGUUUGUGUCUGUGUACGGUUUUGAUAUCUUCGUUUCUGGACAACGUGACCACCGUGCUGCUGAUGGCACCCAUCACCAUACGGCUGUGUGAAGUGAUGGACAUGAAUCCGGUGCCGAUCCUGAUGGCGAUCACCGUGCACGCCAACAUCGGCGGAACGACCACCCCGGUCGGGGAUCCCCCCAACAUAAUCAUCACCUCGAACCAGUACAUUUUGAAACACGGAGUAACCUUUCUCAACUUCACCGCGCACAUGCUGGUCGGUGUGAUCAUCGUGGUCAUCACCACCAACAUCCACCUGCGGAUCAUCUACAAGAACAUCAAUCACCUGCGCAUGCACGAGCCAAAGGAGUUGAAGGAGUUGCGGCGCAACAUCAAGGUCUGGGAGCGGGCGGCGGGCAAGAUACCACCGUACUCGAAGGAUGCCAACCUGGUGCGGGAAACGCUCAUGAAGAAGGUGAAGCUGCUGCGUCACCAGUACAAGAAGAAGAUGACGAAGGGUACGGUCCCGGAGGACAUUUACCGGUCGACGCUAGAGGAGCUGCAGCGGGAGCACCCGAUCAAGAAUCGGCCGCUGCUGAUCAAGUCCGGUGUGGUGUGCGUCUUCAUCGUGUCCCUGUUUUUCCUCGAGUCCAUCCCGGAACUGCGGCGCCUCUCGUCCGGCUGGGCGGCCCUACUCGGUGUCGUGCUGCUGUUGAUCAUUUCCGACAAGAACGACAUGGACGCGAUCCUGUCACGGGUCGAGUGGCCAACGCUGCUGUUCUUCGCAGCCAUGUUCACGCUGAUGGAAGCGGUCGAGCGGAUGGGACUGAUCGAUUGGAUUGGCCACGCGACGGAAACGAUCAUUCUGUCCGUGUCGGAGGAUCUGCGGUUGGCGGUGGCGAUCAUCAUCAUUCUGUGGAUUUCGGCGCUCACUUCGGCGUUCGUCGACUCGAUCCCGGUGACGGCAAUGAUGGUGAAGAUUGUGGUGGCGUUGUCGGAGAAGGCGUACCUUGGACUGCCCUUGCAACCGAUGGUCUGGGCACUGGCCUUCGGUCCGUGUCUCGGUGGCAACGGAACACUGGUCGGUGCGUCGGCCAACGUCAUCUGUGCCGGUAUUGCCGAACAGCACGGUUAUCGCUAUAGUUUCAUGGACUACUUCAAACUCGGUUUCCCGAUCAUGCUGGUCAGCGUAAUGGUCACCACGGGCUACCUGAUUACGGCGCACGUCGUUUUCGCUUGGCACUAG